CAGCUCAUUUUUAUAUUCAUUCUCGUCGAAAUGUCCACACUCAAUUCUCUAAUUCAAAUCCUCAUCUUCUCCAGCAUCUUCCUCUUAUCUCACUCCACAGGCCUCAACUUCACCUACCAUGGAUUCAACGACACCAUUCUCAGUCGCGAAGGAGCCACCGUCACCAAACCAAACGGCGCAUUACGUCUCACCAACACCUCAAAAUCCGUCAUAGGCCACGCCUUCUAUCCAUCUCCAAUCCGCAUCGCCAACUCCUCCUUCACCACGCAUUUCGUCUUCCAAAUCAACCCCGCCGCCGGCGCCGGCCGCGGCGGCUACGGCCUCGCCUUCACUCUCUCGCCGGCGCCGGCCUUCCCCGGCGCGGCGGCAGGGCACUACAUGGGCGUUUUCAGCGAUUCAAACAACGGAAAAGCCUCAAACCAUGUUUUAAUGGUCGAAUUCGACACCGUCAACGGCUACAACGAGAAGACGGAUGCCGAGGGGAAUCACGUCUCAAUCAACGUUAACGGGAUGGAUUCCGAACUCGAAGUUUCGAAACCCGCCGCCUUCCUCCCAGAAGGUUCUAGAGGGAAGGAGGAGGAGGUUUACUUGGAGAAUCAGGGUCCUGUUCAAGCAUGGAUUGACUACGAUGGAACUGGAAUCAGCAAACGUUUUAAUGUAACAGUAGCUCCUUUUGGAGUUAGCAAACCGAUUCGGCCUUUGAUGAAUUUGGAUUUGGAUGAGAAAAAUUCGGAUGUUUUGUUGGAAGACAUGUAUAUAGGAUUCUCUGCUGCAACGGGGGAGAAAUCGAGCUCUCAUUACAUCUUAGGAUGGAGUUUUUGUCUCAAUGGGAUUGCUUCUCAGCUCAAUCAAUCUCUGCUUCCGGUAGUUGAGGUUGCGGAAGCAUCAUCUUCGAGUGGUGGUAGUAGAGUCAGGACUAUACUUAUUGCUACGUUUAGUGUGGCGUUGUUCGUGUUGGUAGUGUUCUUGAUCGCCAUGGUGUUCUACCGGAGAGUGAUGAGGUUCGAGGUUUUGGAGGAUUGGGAGGUCGAUGCACCUCAUAGGUUCCGGUAUAGGGAGCUUUACGUCGCGACUAAAGGGUUUCGAGGGAGUGAGAAGAUCGGAGAAGGGGGUUUUGGUGCUGUUUAUAGAGGUGUUUUGCCAACUACGGGAGGUGAGGUUGCGGUGAAGAAGAUCAUGGCGAAUAACUCGUUGCAAGGCAUGAGAGAAUUCGCAGCAGAAAUCGAGAGUUUGGGGAAGUUGAGGCAUAAGAACUUGGUCAAUCUUCAAGGCUGGUGCAAGCACAAGAAUGAGCUUGUUAUAGUCUAUGACUAUGUACCAAAUGGAAGCCUUGAUUCUCUCCUUUACAAUAGUAGCUCUGUUUUGAGCUGGGAGCAGAGGUUCAACAUCAUCAAAGGCGUCGCGUCCGGGCUGCUCUACCUGCACGAGGAGUGGGAGCAGGUCGUGAUCCAUCGUGAUGUGAAGUCGAGCAACGUGUUGAUAGACCGCGAUAUGAAUCCAAGAUUAGGUGACUUUGGGCUUGCGAGGCUGUAUGAUCAUGGGAAGAACUCACACAGGACGACGAACGUUGUGGGCACCAUAGGCUACAUUGCUCCCGAGCUGACCAGGACGGGGCAGCCCUCGACGAGCACGGAUGUGUUUGCUUAUGGGAUUCUGCUACUUGAGGUCGCGUGUGGGCGGGCUGCGGUCGUGUGUGAGGCUCACCGGAACGUGAUCUUGGUGGACUGGGUGGUGGAGUGUAUGCAGAAGGGGAACAUGUUUGAGGCAGUUGAUGGUAAGCUUAAUUCAGCUUAUGUGGUUCAGGAGAUGGAGUUGGUGUUGGGGUUAGGGCUUCUCUGCUCACACCCGAAGGCAGAGUCGCGGCCGACGAUGAGGCAGGUGGUGAAGUACUUGAAUGGAGAUGAGCUUCUGCCAUUGUUUGAGAGAUUGAGCUCAGCUGGUUCAAGAAGAGCCGAUGAAGUUACAGCAAGAUUGUUGGAAUUAGGGUUGAGUGAUAGGAUUGGUUUUACUGGUACAACAUCUUAUUACUCCUAUUAUUCAAGUUCCAUAGGGGCUAUGUCUACCACUUCUUUUGGCUCUGGUAGAUGAAGACACAAUUUCUCAAGUAUAGGUUGUCAUAUCUGAUCAUAUUGGUGUAUUUUUUCCAAGUGUAAUUUAUAUUCUUGACCAUUAUAGAAUGAUGCAUUGAUUUGAUUCGCUA